AAAAAGAUUCAUUCAAAAAGAGCCGUUCGUUCGUGAACGACCCAUCACUAUCCCCUACAUUCACUAAACAAGUGGACUGGAUUUGGACUGAAAGAACUGUUACUUAUAUCACUGAUAGCGGGUGUACUCAAGCCUCUCUUCAACGAAUUACCGUUAAUCAGGGAUGGACAGGAUUUAAUCCGAUCGCGUUAAUAGGUUACGGGAACCAUCCAGACACAAGAGGACGUCUCAUCCUCACCCCAGACAGGCAACACCAAGGAUACACAGAGGAAGCUUUGAAGAGGGAGCUCUCAAUGAAGGAGGCUUUUCAAAGUGCCUUAAAUCAUAAUCUGGAUUACCUCUGUCGUUGUGCUGUCAUAAAGAAACCAUCAGAACCUUAAAUCCUCAUCCGGAUUACCUCUGUCGUUGUGCUGUCAUAAAGAAACCAUCAGAACCUUAAAUCCUCAUCCGGAUUACCUCUGUCGUUGUGCUGUCAUAAAGAAACCAUCAGAACCUUAAAUCCUCAUCCGGAUUACCUCUGUCUUUGUGCUGUCAUAAAGAAACCAUCAGAACCUUAAAUCCUCAUCCGGAUUACCUCUGUCUUUGUGCUGUCAUAAAGAAACUAUCAGAACCAGUCAGAAUGAUGAUGCAAGAUCUAGAACUUCCUUCUCACACCCACAGAGAAGGAUCUAUUACAUUUAAUUAAACCACAACACAAAGGGACAUAACCACCAUUUUACAGCGAAGAGCUAUAACAAUCUAGAACACAGGUAGAACAAAGAAUUGUUCUAAUCUAUUCUCACAAGAUCUACAACCACCCGCUCACAAACACAAGUCAGAGCGACGGAGGCCCCGGUGAAGAGUACAUCAGACUGCGACCAACUUCUCUUGACUACUACCGCUAGUUUGAUUCUGGUAGCCAGGUGUGGUUCUUAUUCCCGGGGUUGUCAUGGAAGCAAGCUCCACCCCCAGGAUCAAGGUGUAUAGUGCCUGGGACCAGGUGGAGGAGACAGACCAGGUGGAGGAGAAGGUGGGUUCGGCUUCAGAAGACCAUCUGAUCACCCUCAAGGCCCUGGUGCAGAAGCUCAGGCUGGAAACACGGAGGCUGUCCUACCUCGAGUGGAAGGCCCGUUUAGAGGCCCAUAGCACCAAAGCCCUGAUCAUACCACAGCAGAGCACCAGGGACUUAGUGAGGCCAGAAGAGCAACGGGUAGUGUCCCAGAGUGAGGGCAGGUUAGACAGUCAGAGCACCAAAUGUCUGGCUGAACCACAGCUACAGCAGGAACUCCAUGCAGAGCAGCAAGAGGAGCAGGAGAAGGCCAAACGACAGCCGGUGGAGCCCAGAGAGAGCCCCCUGACCUCGGGUUUGAUCUGGCAGCACAGCCUGCCCGCUGGAGUACUGAGGAGAUUUAAGAACAUCGAUGAGGCUGUGGGGUGGCUCAGGAAAGAACUGAAGGACAUGCCUCUCCAGGACCAGCAGUUGGCCCAUCAGCUGAUGCGUCUCCAUAGCGACAUCAACAAACUGAAGAUCGAGCAGACGUGUCACCAGCACCGCCGCAUGCUCAACGAUGCCACCUACGGGCUGGAGGAGAGAGAUGAGUUGAGCGACCUGCUCUUUGACUUCCCCGUCACCCCCGGGUUCGGACUCUCCACCCCGCUGAGACUCAUAGGGGUCACCAAGAUGAACAUAAACUCUCGACGCUUUUCCCUCUGCUAGCAGUAGAGAGAGAGAGAGAGAGAGAGAGAGAGAGAGAGCUCUGCUAGCAGUAGAGAGAGAGAGAGAGCUCUGCUAGCAGUAGAGAGAGAGAGAGAGCUCUGCUAGCAGUAGAGAGAGAGAGAGAGCUCUGCUAGCAGUAGAGAGAGAGAGAGAGCUCUGCUAGCAGUAGAGAGAGAGAGAGAGAGCUCUGCUAGCAGUAGAGAGAGAGAGAGAGAGCUCUGCUAGCAGUAGAGAGAGAGAGAGCUCUGCUAGCAGUAGAGAGAGAGAGAGAGAGCUCUGCUAGCAGUAGAGAGAGAGAGAGAGCUCUGCUAGCAGUAGAGAGAGAGAGAGAGCUCUGCUAGCAGUAGAGAGAGAGAGAGAGCUCUGCUAGCAGUAGAGAGAGAGAGAGCUCUGCUAGCAGUAGAGAGAGAGAGAAAGCUCUGCUAGAAGUAGAGAGAGAGAGAGAGAGCUCUGCUAGCAGUAGAGAGAGAGAGAGAGCUCUGCUAGCAGUAGAGAGAGAGAGAGAGCUCUGCUAGAAGUAGAGAGAGAGAGAGAGAGAGCUCUGCUAGCAGUAGAGAGAGAGAGAGAGCUCUGCUAGCAGUAGAGAGAGAGAGAGAGCUCUGCUAGAAGUAGAGAGAGAGAGAGAGAGAGCUCUGCUAGCAGUAGAGAGAGAGAGAGAGAGAGCUCUGCUAGCAGUAGAGAGAGAGAGAGAGAGAGCUCUGCUAGCAGUAGAGAGAGAGAGCUCUGCUAGCAGUAGAGAGAGAGAGCUCUGCUAGCAGUAGAGAGAGAGAGCUCUGCUAGCAGUAGAGAGAGAGAGCUCUGCUAGCAGUAGAGAGAGAGAGAGAGCUCUGCUAGCAGUAGAGAGAGAGAGAGAGCUCUGCUAGCAGUAGAGAGAGAGAGA